AUGCUUAGUACAUUGUCUGCUUCAGAUAAACCAGAAAAUGCUCCUUCUGAAUGUCCAGGAACAUCUUCACAAACAGCAGGCCAAGCAGCUGCCUGUGAAAAUUGUCCAAACCAAGAAGCUUGUCUAACAACACGUUCAGAAGUAGAUCCUGAUAUUGAAUGGAUUAAACAACGAAUGGCAACAGUCCGUAGAAAGAUUUUUAUUUUAAGUGGUAAAGGUGGAGUUGGAAAAAGUACUUUUACUGCUCAAUUAGCAUGGUGUCUUUCUAUUAAUGAAAAACAAAUUGGUGUUUUGGAUGUUGAUUUUUGUGGUCCUUCGAUUCCACUAUUAAUGGGUUGUGAUGGUGAACGAAUCCAUACAUCAGGUUCUGGUUGGACACCUAUUUAUGUUUCAGAAAAUAUUGGUGUUAUGUCAAUAGGAUUUAUGCUUCCUAGUCCAGAAGAAGCAGUAAUUUGGCGUGGAACCAAGAAAAACGGAUUGAUUAAACAAUUUUUAAAAGACGUUGAAUGGUCUGAUUUAGAUUAUUUGUUAAUUGAUACGCCUCCUGGAACGUCUGAUGAACAUCUUAGUACAGUGAAAUUUCUUAAAGAAACAGGGAUUGAUGGAGCUAUACUUAUUACUACUCCACAAGAAAUUUCUUUAUUGGAUGUUCGUAAAGAAAUAGAUUUUUGUAGAAAAAUUGGAGUACCUAUAUUAGGAAUUGUUGAAAACAUGAGUGUAUUUGUUUGUCCACAUUGCCAUCAUACCUCACAAAUCUUUAAAGCAACUACAGGUGGUGCCCGCGCUCUUUCAGAAGAAACAAAUACAGUUUUUCUUGGUACUAUUCCACUUGAUCCUCGAAUACGAGAAGUCUGUGAUAAAGGUUUAAAUUUCAUUGAAGAAUAUCCGGAUUCAUUGGCAUCUAAAGCUAUUUUAGACAUUAUUAAUGAACUUUGCAAAAAAUUAGGCGAUUAG